AUGGCCGACUUUGGACCUCGUGCCCCCCAUGGGCCUGAUAUGUCGGGAGAUCAUAACCCGCUGGAGGAUAUGGAUAUCAAUGAGAAGGGUGCUUUCGACUCCCUCAUUCGUCCCGAUGACAGUUACACCCCCGAGGGUACCUACUGGGCCGACCUACCCUUGUUCAAGAAGAUCGGGUUUGUGACUUCCUAUGAUAACAAAGAGGCCAAGCGCGAACUGAGCGGCAUCUGGUCCAUGGUGAAGGAAGAUCCGCUCUCACCGGUCUCCUACUACUUCCGCAAUAUGGUCCUGCCCGGUGCCGGUCUCGGUCUGGAAGGUUACGUGCUUUUCUCCAUCGGUAACAUCAAGCCGCUCUUCCAAAAGGCUUUCCCCACUUGCUGGGACACACACGAAAUUUGCAGCAAGGGCUGGAUUAAUGCUGUCGACUACUUGGAAAUCAUUGGUAUUAUCGUCGGACAGAUUUUGGUGGGAGUGCUCGGUGACUGGAUUGGUCGUCGCUGGGGUCUCAUUCAGGAUGCCGCGAUCAUGCUUCUCGGUCUGAUUAUGUUGACUGCCGCCUGGGGUACUACCGAAAAUGGUUGGGUUAUUUGCUAUGCUUGGUGUCUGUUCAUCUACGGUAUCGGUGUGGGUGGCGAGUACCCCAUGACCGCCACCAGUGGUAUGGAGAACGCUGUCGGCUCUGGAAAGGUCUCUACAAAGGAGGAUCGUCUGCAUCGUGGACGCAAGGUCACCAGUGCUUUCUUGAUGCAGGGUUGGGGUCAAUUCUUCAACCAGGUCCUGCUCAUCAUCCUGUUGCUUUGCUUCCACCACGGUAGUGGCAACAACCCUUACUCCACCGUUGCCGUCCAGUGGACCUACCGUGUUUCCUUCGCCAUUCCCGCUGUUGGCACUCUGUGGCUUGUGUACUACCGUGCCUACCAUAUGAAGGCAGCCAGCAAGCAGCUCUCCGCCGCGAAGAAGAAGGCCUCUGUUACCGGUUACGAUGCCCAGUCUCUGAAGCUCACUUUCAAGUACUUCGGUGCCCGUAUCUUUGCCACUGCUGGCGGCUGGUUCGCCAACGAUGUCUUCUUUUACGGUAACAAGCUCUUCCAGAGCGAGUUCAUCAAGGUCAUCAGCCCUGCCUCCUCGUCGGUCAUGCCUACCUGGCUGUGGAACUUGGUCAACGUCGGUGUUUCGCUGUGCGGAUACUACAUGGCCUCUUUCUUGAUCGAUAACAAGCUUUAUGGUCGCAAGUGGAUGCAGAUUGUCGGUUUCCUCCUCUGCUUCAUCCUCUUCGUUGUCCCCGCCUUCAACUUUGAGUACUACCAACGCCCCGAGAACAUCAAGUCUUUCCAGGCAAUGUACUUCCUCAGCUCUUUCUUCAACCAGUUCGGUCCCAACUCCGUCUCCUUCCUGGUCGCUGCCGAGGUCUUCCCCACACCUAUCCGUGCUUCCGCUCACGGUAUGUCCGCUGCCUGGGGUAAGGCCGGUGCUCUUCUCGCCUCCGUCCUGUACAACUACAUCGACACCCAGACCAAGUUCUACGUUGUUCCCUGGUUCGGUCUGGCUGGUGCUCUGAUCACUGCCUUCUUCCUCCCCGAUACCACUGGUCUGGAUCUGAAGGAGCAGGAGCGUCGCUGGGAGUACCUCCGCCAGGGUCGCGAGGAGGACUACCACGGACCCGCCGUGCACCCCAAGCACCUGUCAUGGUACGAGCGCUACAUCCUCCGCAAGGGCCGCUACUACAACGCCGAGCUCGACUACCAACAGAAGGUCGAGGAGUACCGUGCCGAGUGGGAGGCUGCCAUGGCCCAGAAGGUCACCGAGAAGGAGAACGAGAACAACUUCGACACCGACGAUUCUCUGCUCGAAGGCCACGUGCACACCUACUUCCACCGUACCAGCCCCAUGUUCAAGGGUAUGGAGAAGAAGGUGACCAAGCAGGACAACUUCACCCUGCCUCCUCCCGCCGAGAGCGAAUCGGAGGAAAACUUGAAUGAGAAGUCUUAA